GAAAGGGCGGGUUUAUGAAGCUGGCGCCGUGGAACCACAACGCGCAGAAACGAGAAGCGCUGGUCAGCGCCGGGCACAGUUACUGGUUACAACCUCCGAAGCCGUCAGGGAUAGUGGUCACAGGGAAAUGACGAUACGGGCGGGCGGUCCUGAUUGGUCGGGAGACGGCAGAAGAAGCCAAUAGGAGGGCAAAGCGCCGGCAGCUGUUAAGAAUGGAGUCGCAGCCUCUCGAUUCGGAGUCAGGCGUGGAUGAGUCGCUGGUUGCGCUGCUGCUCGAAUUGGGGAUUCCGGAGGCUGCAGCGCGGCAGGCUCUGGCGCUCACCGGGGGGCACUCUGCAGAGGCCGCCGCGCAGCUUUACUUCGGUAGCGGCCUCGAUUCCCAGGAGGAAGAUGAUGCGCAAGGCAGCUGUUACUUCAAGAUGGUCUUUGUGGUGAACAUGGAGCUUUCCAUGGGGGCUGGAAAGAUGGCUGCCCAGGUGGGACAUGCUGCUAUUGGCCUCUUCCAGCUGUUGCAGGAAAAGUCUACCCACAGGGACAUGAUCAACCAGUGGGAUGAACAUGGUGCAAAGAAAGUUGUUCUUCAAGGGUCCAACACUGACCAAUUGCUGGAGCUUCACGCCUUAGCCCUGAGCUUGGAACUGCCAACAUACCUAGUGCAGGAUGCUGGAAGGACCCAGGUUCCAGCUGGGUCACAUACAGUUCUUGCCCUGAUGGGAGAAGAAGAGAUGGUGAAUCAGUUGUCGUCCACUCCAGAUAUUGGAUUUUAAGAACGUAGCACUAGCACCAUAUGAUCAUCAUCUCUCCGCCUAAUGGAAGGAGGCUGGACAAUGCAGUGGGGGAACUGCUGUGCUGCCCAAGGCCAGGAACGGGCAAUUAGCUGGGCCAGGGAUGUGGGGGGAGGGUUUAAAACAGGGAUACACAACUUUGUUCCUCCAGUUGUUGGACUACAACUCCCAUCAUCCCCAGCCACAGUGGGGGUGAUGGGAGUUGUAGCUCAACAGCAGCUGGAGGGCCAAAGUUGUGCAUCCCUAAUUUAAAGCAAUGGAGGAAGAAUAGUGCUGACAACUGAAGGUGGGGAGAGGACAGCCCUGCUGCUCUUUUUCUCCCCCUGCAAAAACACAAAACAUCUGAAAAUGCCAAUUGAGUGUUCCUGCUGUGGUUGUACAACCAUGUUUAGCAUCUUAAAAAUAAAUAAAUUAAGAUGAUGCCUUUUUGAGAGGUUAUAAGAGGUGGCUGUAGUAUGCUUAUGACACAACAGUCAUAGCUGAUAGAUGGCCAUGACACUUGUAUAAGUGCAGUACAUAGCACCUCCUGAAAGGGGGUGUAUGGCAGGGAGAAUACUGCAGCCUAAGUAUUGUGGAACUACAUGAGAUGGCAACCAUUCUUACCUUGUAACAUCCCUCCAGAGCUAGGUUACUAUUCCCCUCUUGCAAAUUGUGCAUUGAGGCUGAAAGCUCCAAGGUAAUGCAGCAGGUGUGUAGCAGAGGGUGGACUUGAAGCUGGGUCUGCUGUAGCUGUACUGAUUAAUAGCCAUUGCUGUUGAAAACAAUCUUCUCAGGAGCAGGGCUCACCUUUGGCCCCAGCUACAACCUAUAACUCACUCUUCAUGUCUUAGCUUUGCUUUUUCUGUCUGUCUCUCUCUCCCUCUCUUUAGCACUGGCUGCUACAGCACAGGGCUCCAUUCCAGCCAUUUGAGACUCCAUAGCCCAGUAAUCCUGCAGGGGAGGCUCAGGUGCACACCUGGGCUUGUAUGGUUCAACUGAAGGCUGGGCUGAACAAAAUGCAGUUCAUUUGACCCAGCCUUCAGUCAGGAGCUCUGUCGUAGUCCACCCAUUAAAGACCAGUGCCUGAC